AUCCUAUUCCGAUUCAUGUUACAUCGAAUCCAUCCUUUAUAAGGUUUCGUCGAAUAGUGUAUUGUAAUGCUUCAGUUCUUUCGUAGGCAUUUUCUUGCGGGUCAAGAAAGUGUCAAAUUUCCUUUCCAGAAUAGGGUUUUGAGGAUUCAACAAUGGCGAUCUCGAGAAGUGACUAUAGAGUUAAACGGGCACGGAAAAACAGUGAUUUUUCCUUUGAUUGUUCUGAGACGAAGCUCAAAAGACGAAAGGUAUCUGCAAGGCGUGAUUUUUCAAAGCGGCGUGUUCAGUUUGUGUCUGAACCAGAAGAAUUGGAAGCUAUGGAAUCUGAGCCUGUUCAUGAACUACCAGAAAAAAUUCAAGUUGCUAGAAAGGUAUAUGCAAGACGGGAUUUCCCCGAGGCUUUUUCUGCCAAUUCGAGUUGUUUUGUGAAGGUGGAUAGGGAGGAUAGUGAGUCUGACCCCGAAGAACUCGAGGCAAUGGACUCUGAUGAUGAUCCUAAGGCUUUUUCUGCCAAUGUGGAUAAGGAGGAUAGUGAAUCUGACCCGGAAGAACUCGUGGUGAUAGACUCUGAUGAUGAUGAUCCCGAGCCUUUUCGUGCCAAUUCAAGUCAUUUCGAGAAGGUGGAUAAGGAGGAUAGUGAAUCCAAACCAGAAGAACCCGAGGCUAUAGACUCUGAUGAUGAUGACCCCGAGGGCUUCUUUGCCUGUUGCCGACAGUUAAUGCAGGCGUAUGAGCAGAGGAAAUCUGAGCCAAAAGAACUCGAGACGAUAGACUCUGAUGAUGAUGAUCCCGAGCCUUUUUAUUCCAAUUCCAGUAACUUUGCAAAGGUGGAUAGGGAGGAUAGUGAAUCCGACCCAGAAGAACUCGAGGCAAUAGACUCUGAUGAUGAUGAUCCCGAGCCUUUUUAUUCCAAUUCCAGUAACUUUGCGAAGGUGGAUAAGGAGGAUAGUGAAUCCGACCCAGAAGAACUCGAGGCGAUAGACUCUGACGAUGAUCUUAUCACCACGAACACCGAAAAAAACUAUGAAUUGGAAGAAAUCGAUGGGUCUUCAAAUGCCAAACCAAUCUGCAGUGCUGACAAAAUGGAACCCGAGAUCUCAAAGGACACACAGAAUCAAGAACCCGUUAAUCAGAUCGUUGGAAGCACCCCCGAGCCUCUCGAUUCAAGCAGAUCAAUGGGCGCUGGGGAAAAGCGGGGAGAUUAUAUACAGCAUGUGCUAGCUUCUCUUGAUCAAAUGAAAGCUACUCUUAUGAAGAUGAAACAACAGGGAGCAUUCAAGAAAAGGUCUGCAGCUUUUAAGGAUGUUUGA